AAAAACAAAUAAGCAUCAUCAAACUCCCGAAGAAACUACAGUUUAAGCUGUGAUUAUUAAUAUUAUUUGCGAUACUUCAAAUCAGCAACAAUGUUGGAUAAACCGAUCAAUUUAAAAAACGUUCGCAAAUUUGCAAUCGAGCACUUCAAACGCAGACGUGAUCCACACGGCAACACAGCCAGAUCAUCAGCAUUUAAAGUUGAUAGAGGCAGUGCAGAGCGGAACGUUUUUGCUGGCUUCAGCGGCGGAGCAGGUACUUCGUCAGCAACGUCAUUGAUCUCUGGUAGAUUCAACGUUACACGAUCACCACUCGGCGAAACACUUGAACUAUCAACUGUAAUUCAAGCUGCGAAACCAACCGGUACUAGGCCGAAACAACGAUCGAAGCGUCUGCGACCAAUACCACCAUCAAUUACACCACGCGCCAGCUUUCGUCACAAUCAGUAUAAACAACGGCUGCAAUAUCAUCGGUAUACCGAUGUGGUUGUGGAUGCGUGCGAAUUGAAAAAAAUGGCACAACAGAAUGUUGAUAAUGAAACUAAACCUCUCACACAAGCAUACCUUACGGAGAAGCCGAAGAUACAACCUAAAUAUGACGUGCAUCGCGAUGUGUUAUCACACGAGUUGGUCAUCAAACAGACCGGCUAUGGGGCACGCGACAAAAGCAUUCCAUCGGGCAUGCGUCGCUCAUGGAGUAAUUGGUCCUUCCUCUCCCUGUUCGCCGGCAUUGUUCCGAUUGUGCAAUGGUUGCCGCGCUACUCGCUGCGACGUGAUACAAUGGGUGAUAUUGUAGCAGGCAUUACUGUGGCCAUUAUGAAUAUACCACAUGGCAUGGCCUAUGGUAUACUUGCUGGUGUGACACCUGGCUGUGGGCUUGCACUCGCCAUAUUCCCGGUAUUAGUGUAUAUGGUGUUGGGUACAUCUAGGCACAUAUCGAUUGGAACUUUUGCUGUGAUAUCUAUGAUGACCUUGAAAGUGGUGCAAACAUACGCAACGGAGGAUCAUGGAAAAUUAGCGCCACAGAUAGUGGGCCUAAACGAUACGGCGGCGGAAUUGGCGGAAACUGUGAGGGUAGCAGAGAUAAUAACGCCGAUAGAGGUGGCAACAGCUUUAGCGUUUUGUACGGGACUUUUGCAUCUUAUCAUGGGUUUCUUCCGCCUGGGCACAUUAGCAGCUCUCCUUAGCGACCCUCUGGUUAAUGGCUUCACCACCGGCGCUGCCGUACAUGUCAUCGUCAGCCAACUGAAGGAUGUACUCGGUGUUCAAGUACCACGUUAUAAGGGUGCCUUUAAGGUCGUCUACACCGUCAUUGACCUCUUCAAAUCCAUACCAAAAACAAAUAUCAUAGCACUGGCCAUUUGCUUUUGUAUCAUUAUCUUUAUGACGAUCUGUAAUGAGUUCCUUAAACCUUGUCUACGUAAACGCUGUCGUCUACCCUUUCCGGGCGAGUUGAUUUCAGUCAUUGGUGGCACUUUGGUCUCACGUCUGCUCGAUGUGCAUGGCAACUAUGCUGUGACAUUAGUCGGUGAUAUUCCAAAGGGCUUACCAAUGCCCGAACUGCCGCGAAUGGAUCUAAUACCCAUGGUGGCGGUAGACUCAAUAGCGAUUGCAAUUGUGAGCUUUUCUGUGGUCAUGUCUAUGGGGAUAACAUUCGCUAAGAAACAUUCGUAUGAGGUGCGUGCCAAUCAAGAGCUUUUCGCUUUGGGUAUGGCAAAUUGUAUAUCCAGUUGUUUCUCCUGCUAUCCAUUGGCAUGUUCACUCUCGCGUUCUGUGAUACAAGAGCAGACGGGUGGUGUGACCCAGCUGGCGUCACUCGUAUCGGCGAUACUCAUCAUAAUGACGUUGCUAUGGUUGGGUCCGUUCUUCAGCACACUACCGAGGUGCGUGCUGGCUGGUGUGAUUAUUGUCGCCUUGAAGCCGAUGUUCAUGCAGGCGAAAGAGCUGAAGAAAUACUCCAAACAGGGUAAAUUGGAACUUCUCACAUGGAUUGCAACUUUCGUAUCUGUGGUGUUGAUCGACAUUGACUAUGGUCUCCUUAUUGGCAUUUUCAUAUCACUGCUGGCUCUGUAUAUUAAAGGCCUCAAACCCUAUUGCUGCUUGUUGGGUAUAAUACCCGAAGCGGCUGCCGUCUAUGUGGACCUCAAUCAUCAUCGCAAUGCAGUCGAAGUGCCUGAAACGAAAAUCUUCCGCUAUGUUGGAUCGCUAAACUUCGCCAGCAAUAUGUAUUUCCGGCAUUCGCUUUACAACGUCAUCGGCUUAGAUACAAAAAAACUGCAACGUAGUAAGAAAGUGGUGAAAGCGAACGGCGCCACAACCGAGAAUGGUCAAGCGGGACAGCUGAAUGAUUUUCGAUUUUUGGUGUUGGAUUUCUCCAUGCUGGGACAUGUUGAUGUGGCUGGUUGUAAGGCCAUAACGGAUAUGAUGAAAGAGCUAAAAGUGUUGGGUGUGCGUAUUUUCGUUUCCAGUCCAUCUGAUCGCGUUUACGAUACCUUAGUGCACAGCAUGGCAUUAGGUGAGGGGCCAUUCGAAAUCUUUCCCACUCUACAUGAUGCAGUGGAAUAUGCCAAUGCUUGUCGGGUAGCGUGAGGAAGAAUGGCACGGUGGGGAAAUGGAUAAGAAAGAUUUAAGCCUUUCGUUUGUGGCAUGUAGCUACGGUGUUUAGUCAGCACCCUGUAAAUGUGUAGCUGUGAACGAAAACUCCGGCAAACUAUGUCGCUAUUAGCUAAGCAGAGUUGUAUAGAAAAUUUUAAGAAAUUUACAGUGUAUCAGCAUAGAUAUUUAUAUAUAUACAUACAAAAUUUAGCUUUAAGAAUGAGUGAGUGCUGAGAUCAACAAACAAAAAAUAACUAGUUAAAGCGUAAUGUUAAUAAAGGGUCUUUCAAAAGUGACACUUAGAUGCCAGUAGAAAAUAAUUGAAUAGGGGGUAAUUUUUUAUGUAAUCUUUGCCAUUUGUCAAGUAGGCAGAUGUACAAUUUUACACGAUGGUACAACGCCUUAAAGUUAGUGAAAUUUAUGAUGAAAAUGGUCACCCUUUUGCAUCACCGCUCCACAUGCGCGAUGCACUCAAAAUACCUUGCGUCCAUAAUACCUUGCAUCGGCAAGACUUUUAGUGUUUAUUCGAAAGAAAAAGAAUGUUACAGGAUUAGGUAGGUAGGGGAAAUGGUUUAAGUGCCAGUCUGGCACUCCUCAAGUAGCACUAAAGCGCCGUUUUGAUACCAAAAUUAUUUAUUUUCCUCAAACUUUAACAAAAAAAUAGUGUAAUUUAUUGCGGAUUAUUCCGUUCUUCGUGAAAGAGAGAGUUUUUGUUCGCGCGGACUAUUCCGCUCUAGGUGAUAAUAGCGACUUUUUGUUCGCGGCUUAUUCCAUCGAAUGAUGCAAAAGCGUUAAGAACGCAAUAUCACAAAGUUUGUGUUUUUUUUUAGUGGAAAUAAUUAUUUGAAUGAGUCGAAAAUUCAAAGGUUGGUGAAAAAAGUUCAAGCAAUCGAUUCUGUGGAGGAUAGAAAAAGACUGCCUAACAACACUGGGGGGUUUUUUAAGCAAAGUCUAUGUAAAUAAUUCAACAACGAUUUCAGCGAUCCAACAUUCGGAUCGAGAUUGGUGAACUAGUGGAAACAAUCAUCCGAAUGAGUCGACAAUUCAAAGAUUGUGGAAAAAUUUCAAGAAACUGGCUCUGUCGAGUAUAGAAAGAAAUGGCAGACCAAAAUGGGGUUUUUUUGAGUGUCAAAUUCUAUAUAAAUAAACCAACAACAAUUCCAGCGAUCCAACAUUCGGAUCGAGAAUGCUGUACUUAGUGGAAACAAUCAUCCGAAUGAGUCGACAAUUCAAAGAUUGGUCUAAAAAUUUCAACAAUCUGAUUCUAUGGAGGUUGUAAAGGCUGAGCAACCUUCAACAUCGAUGCAUAUCCCGACGUUCCCAAAAAAUUAAUUAUUCAUGAAUCGACUGUUAGGCGCAUUUUACUUGUAGACGUGCUAAUGGUGGGCAUUUAAAUGAUGUCAUGCCCUAUUUCGCAUAAAAAUAGUGAAACCUGAAAGUAUCUAAAUUUUUCUCUUUUACAUGCUUUAUUUUAACACAAAAACUAGGUGUAUCUUUUGAAGAACCCUUUAUACAGACUUGUAUAAAUUUAAUGCGUAUAUUUUGCCGUGAAUACACUUACAUUUUUUUCUUUAACUGUAAUUGGUACCACCUAAAAUGUACAACGACAUUAAUUAAUCACAAAUAUAUUUAUUUUUAUGCAUACAAAAUGAAAGGAAAAUUAUGUAGCGUAAGCCAAAGUGAAAAGUUAUGCAUAUUAAAUAUAAAAAUAUGUUGUUACUUAGAAAAUGCAUUACCAUUUGAGGUAUACCUAUGUAAAUUGUAAAUAAUAUACAACUACUAGGGUAGUAAAUAUGUACUAAGUAGAUCUAGCAUGACUUGAAAUAUUUAAAUUUAUAGAAGCAAAUUUGAAUUUAUAGAAAUUGUAAAUGCUUACCAACAAAGUGUUUUAAUACAAACUUGAAUUUUUGUUAAAAUUUACUCAAAAAAAAGAAGCUAAAUAAAUUCAUUUUAUAUCCGGAAAAUUGUAGGAGUAGUCAAAACAUUGGCCCAUAAGUCGAAUUCAUGCAUGUUGAACGCGUUAAGGGGUUAGGGGUAGUCAGAGGCCCGAAAAAAUGAUGAUUUUCAAUAAUGAUUUUUUGCUAGUCAAUUGCUUUAUUUUAUAAUACAAAAAAAAAAAAAAAAUAGCAUUAACACAUCAUGUUUCGACUUGACUUUAGUAAAAUUCAAAAAAAAAAAAAUUGUAAAAAUUAAAAUCCGGAAGUCCCUUGCGGUUCUUCACAAGUCCUUGGAGAAUCAUCUAAAAUCAAUCGGACAAGUGAAACUCGUUUUAUUAAUAGAUAAUCUUCUGCCUGA